UCCCGCAGCCCAGCCCCACACUCUGUAAGCAUGUCAGUCCAGGAGGACGUGCAACCCUGGUCAUGGAUCUCUAAGUCCCAAAGGGAUUUAGCAAAGUCCAUCCUGAUCUGGGCUCCAAGAGGGCCAGCAGGGUACCUGAGGCGGGCCAGCGUGGCCCAACUGACCCAGGAGCUAGGCACUGCCUUCUUCCAGCGGCAGCAGCUCUCAGCCGCAAUGGCAGACACCUUCCUGGAGCACCUCUGCCUACUGGACAUUGACUCCGAGCCUGUGGCUGCCCGCAGCACCAGCAUCAUCGCCACCAUCGGGCCGACAUCUCGCUCCGUGGAGCGUCUCAAGGAGAUGAUCAAGGCCGGAAUGAACAUCGCGCGACUCAAUUUCUCCCACGGCUCCCACGAGUACCACGCCGAGUCCAUCGCCAACAUCCGGGAGGCAGUAGAGAGCUUCGCAACUUCCCCGCUUAGCUACCGACCCGUGGCCAUCGCUCUGGACACCAAGGGACCAGAGAUACGAACUGGGAUCCUGCAGGGGGGCCCCGAGACCGAAGUGGAGCUGGUGAAGGGCUCCCAGGUGCUAGUGACCGUGGACCCGGCGUUCCGGACUCGUGGGGACGCGAACACCGUGUGGGUGGACUACCCCAAUAUUGUCCGGGUCGUGCCGGUGGGGGGCCACAUCUACAUUGACGACGGACUCAUCUCCCUAGCGGUGAAGAAAAUCGGCCCCCAAGGGCUGCAGACGGAGGUGGAGAAUGGAGGCGUCCUGGGCAGCCGGAAGGGGGUGAACUUGCCAGGUGCCCAGGUGGACCUGCCGGGGCUGUCAGAGCAAGAUGCCCGGGACCUGCGCUUCGGGGUGGAACAUGGAGUGGACAUCGUUUUCGCCUCCUUUGUGCGAAAAGCCAGCGACGUGGCUGCCGUCAGGGCUGCUCUGGGGCCAGAAGGACAGGGCAUCAAGGUCAUUAGCAAAAUUGAGAACCACGAAGGCGUGAAGAAGUUUGAUGAAAUCCUGGAGGUGAGCGACGGCAUCAUGGUGGCAAGGGGUGACCUGGGCAUCGAGAUCCCUGCAGAGAAGGUUUUCUUGGCUCAGAAGAUGAUGAUCGGACGUUGCAACUUGGCGGGCAAGCCCGUUGUGUGUGCCACACAGAUGCUGGAGAGCAUGAUCACUAAGCCCCGGCCAACUCGGGCAGAGACAAGUGAUGUGGCAAAUGCUGUGCUGGACGGAGCAGAUUGCAUUAUGCUGUCCGGGGAGACUGCCAAGGGCAACUUUCCUGUGGAGGCUGUAAAGAUGCAGCAUGCGAUUGCCCGGGAGGCCGAAGCCGCAGUGUACCACCGCCAGCUGUUUGAGGAGCUGCGCCGCGCAGCACCCCUGAGCCGAGACCCCACCGAGGUCACUGCCAUCGGCGCUGUGGAGGCUGCCUUCAAGUGUUGUGCUGCUGCUAUCAUUGUGCUGACCAAAACAGGCCGCUCAGCCCAGCUUCUGUCUCGUUACCGCCCUCGGGCAGCGGUCAUUGCGGUCACCCGCUCUGCCCAGGCUGCCCGCCAGGCACACCUAUGCCGAGGAGUCUUCCCCUUGCUCUACUGUGACCCUCCAGAGGCCGUCUGGGCAGAUGAUGUGGAUCGCCGUGUCCAAUUCGGCAUUGACAGCGGAAAACUCCGUGGCUUCCUCCGAGUUGGGGACCUGGUGAUUGUGGUGACAGGCUGGCGACCUGGUUCUGGCUAUACCAACAUCAUGCGGGUGCUGAGUGUGUCCUGAGAGGCCCUCGCCUCUGACCUAGCCAACCCUUGACCCCACCGCUCCACCCCAACCCCUCUGACCGACUGACUGUACAGCCCUGUCUUCCUACUCCGUCCUCCCACCCAAUGCCACGCCUGCCGUCUAGCCCCAUUGCGGACGCCCCUCCCCUCCCGUCCAACAGGCUGAGGCAAGUCUGUGUCCAGUGCAGGUCGGGCCACCCAGCAGCGCCAGCUGCUCUUCCUGCUCUCCGCUGGGCCCUAAAAUGCUCUGAGCCUUUAAUCCCAGUUUAGCUGGUUACUUACUUCUCUUCCUCCAGGCUUCCCACAUCUAGGGGUGGGAGAGGGAAACAGGGCAACUGUGUCCAGUUGCCACAAAAUCCACUAUUUUAAAAACCUCUCAUUGCACAAGUGCACGUUCCUGUCAGUGUCCGCCUGGUAAGCCCGGCAGCCACAGCGCCGGGGGGCGACUCUAGGGCAGCACUAACCUUGGCUGUGACUAACAGGGAUCAAAGCACCACCCUUUGGGGGGGAGACUUGGGGUAGCUGCAUGCGGAGGGAUGCUGAGAGCCACAGUUUUGAGGGCAGUCCCCCUCAUCUGUG